CUUUCGUUAUACACCGUUCUUGUUUAGUUAGCCACUUGGUGUAUUUAAGGAACUUACUGGUCAGCUAAAAAUAGUAUUCUUUAUCAUGUAUUGUGUUUAACGAUAGCUAAUCUGGGGGGCUAUUUACUUUUUAAAUGAUUGUUAGGUUGCUAACAAGCCAGGCACUUGUAUCUCAUUAAUUUGCUAACUAAACAAGCGUCGACGAGUUUUGGUACUCGGUGUACCGUUUUCAAUCCCCCCCGCCGCUUUAAUUUCACCCGAAACCCCCGGUCUCUCAACAAAGCUUGUUUUGACUGUUAACAAGUUUGCAGGCUUUUACAACACAACGAAACCCGUGCAGAAGAGCCACAUUAGCGAGUAGCGGCUCAUUUGACCGGUGCUUGACGCGUGUCCCGUAGCUAUCUAGCUAGCCAGCCAGGUGCUCAAUCAUAUCACUCAAUGGCUAUAAAUACACCACUCUUUGUCCCCCACUCAGCGUCCUACCAAAAGCGGUGAGUUUGCCUAUUGGAUCCCUUACGACUUUUCAGACAACCCAUUGGGACGUUGUCGCUCUACAUGGUCGCCACAGCCAAGUCAAGACUAUCUGAAAAACUUGGAGGCACUGUAGCAAUGCUGGAAUGAGGCAUCUCGCCCCGGCUGGAUGUCUUCAAGUCGGGUUACCGAAGUAAACGCAUUCAACUGUGGCUUUUUGGCAGAAUAUCAAGCGUCAUCCAUGGCCUGUCAACAGUAGCUUGUACCCGGUAGGGGAAACGUUAGCUAUUUAACAUUAACUAUCGCUGUUAAAGGUCAACACCCUUUUGUUUUGAUUGUAAACUGUGAAUGAACUCCAAAACAAAAGUUAGGACUCUUCUAUCACAGUGGAACAUCAUGUCGGAGGAUAACAACGCAGACAUAUUCAUCAAGGAUACCUCCAUCUUGGAGGAGUACAACAUCAACUGGACACAGAAGCUCGGGGCUGGGAUCAGUGGACCUGUUAGAGUUUGUGUUAAGAAGUCGACUCAGGAACGCCUGGCCUUGAAGAUCCUCAUUGAUCGUCCCAAGGCCAGAAAUGAGGUGCGGCUUCACAUGAUGUGUGCCACACACCCCAACAUCGUGCAGAUUAUGGAGGUGUAUGCCAACAGUGUGCAGUUUCCUCACGAAUCCACUCCAAGAGAGAGGUUACUGAUCGUCAUGGAGAUGAUGGAGGGAGGUGAGCUGUUCCACAGGAUCAGUCAGCACAAACACUUCACAGAGAAGAUGGCCAGCCAGGUCACCAAACAGAUUGGCCAGGCGCUGGAACACUGUCACUCACUGAAUAUUGCACACAGAGACCUGAAACCAGAGAACCUGCUCUUCAAGGAUAACUCCCUGGAUGCACCGGUGAAGUUGUGCGAUUUUGGAUUUGCCAAAAUCGACCAGGGCGACUUGAUGACCCCACAGUUCACGCCUUACUACGUUGCACCUCAGGUACUUGAGGCUCAAAGGCGACACCAGAAGGAAAAGUCUGGAAUAAUACCUACCUCACCCACCCCCUACACUUAUAACAAGAGCUGUGACCUGUGGUCCAUUGGGGUGAUCAUCUAUGUGAUGCUGUGCGGCUACCCUCCCUUCUACUCCAAGCACCACAGCCGCACCAUCCCCAAGGAUAUGCGCAAGAAGAUCAUGACGGCCAGCUUCGACUUCCCCGAGGACGAGUGGAGCCAGAUCUCUGAGAUGGCCAAGGACAUUGUUCGCAAGCUGCUAAAGGUGAAGCCUGAGGAGAGGCUGACCAUCGAGGGGGUUUUGGGACACCCCUGGCUGAACUGCACAGAGGCUCUGGACAACGUGCUUCCUUCCGCCCAGAUGAUGAUGGACAAGGCGGUGGUAGCUGGGAUCCAGCAGGCCCAUGCUGAACAGCUGGCUAACAUGAGGAUACAGGACCUUAACGUCAGCCUCAAGCCUCUCCACUCCGUCAAUAACCCCAUCCUGAGGAAAAGGAAGCUCCUAGGCAGCAAGCCGAGUGAUGGCUUCUUCAUCCAUGACCCAGAGAACGGCGGUGAGAACUCUAACGUGGCCCUGGAGAAACUACGAGACGUCAUCGCUCAGUGUAUCCUCCCACAGGCUGGGGAGAAUGAGGAUGAGAAGCUGAAUGAGGUGGUGCAUGAGGCUUGGCGUUUCAACCGGGACUGCAAACUGCUGCGAGACGGGCUGCAGGGCCUCAGCUGGGACGAUAAUUUGGAGGUACUUGCAACCGGCGUCACAACCGUAGACCAUGUGUAACCACGCCAGCCCAGAACCUCCACAUCCGGCUUCUUCACCUGUGGGAUCGUCUGAGACCAGCCACCCGGACAGCUGAUGAAACGGAAUAGUAUUUCUGUGUAAUAACGCCCUUUUGUGGGGAGAAACCCAUUCUGAUUGGGUGGGCCUGACUCCCCAGUGGAUGGGCCUAUAUCCUCCCAGGCCCACCCAUGGCUGCAUUCCUGCCCAGUCAUGUCAAAUCCAUAGAUUAGGGCCUUAUGAAUUAUGAACACAGUAAAAUCAAUUAAAUUUUUGCAUUUAUAUUUUUGUUCAGUAUAAGUGUAUUUUUCCUCCCCCUAAGGUUGAUUAAUAUCACUAGCAACAGAAUAAACAAAUAUUGAAUGACGUUAUAUAUGGUAGAGAAGAGAAUACCCUCUUUCUAAUAUUGAGCCAAUUGCCCUCACUGGAGCCAAUUGCCCUCACUGGAGCCAAUUGCCCUCACUGGAGCCAAUUACCCACACUGGAGCCAAUUACCCACACUGGAGCCAAAUAUGACUCACUAGAGCUUUGAAAAAGCACCUGAUAAUAGGUUACCAGUGCAGCAAGUGCCACUUGCUGUCGGUAGGCUUUCUUAGCUUGGACAUUAAGUACGGCUAACCUUUGUUUAACCAGCUAAACAGUUGCUCUUAGCGAACAUGUGCUUACAGUUACCUUUCACACUUCCUCUUCCAAUCAUAAUGCUGGAAAGUCUAAAUAAUAACUAUUUACCAAAUCUCAUUUAAAAAAUGUUGAUGACUUCUCCUUUCCAUUAUCAUUCACCUGAUAAGACAAAUUUAAUAAAAAUGUUUUUGCUAAUGUA